ACGUCAGCGAUGGAACACCUUUAAAUGACAGCACUUUGUUCCAGAACUGGUAGCUGACGCUGAUAACUUCAAUUCAGCCCGAAACGCUGGAUCAAGCUCGUUGGUCGGUUCCUGUCGCAGACGGACCGAACUGUUCCGCCACCUGGGAAGCAGCGGGGAGAUCCGGUUCGUUUUAAUUUGGACCCUUCCAGAAACACCGUCAGAACCCUGCUUGGAGAACCACAGAGUCCAUGGCUGUCUUCCCUCGGAGCCGCUGCUGGUGGGUUCUGGUUCUGGUUCUGGGUUCGUGCGUGUCUCUGGAGUUUGGAGACGACAACCGCGCGGAGCGCGCGCUCUGUGCUUCGUGUCUGCAAGGAAAACAAACUGGUUUCUCCACUCUGAAAUGCUCACUUAAGUGCAGAAGAGCGCUGGAUAGCCACAGACCGCACAUGUGCCAGAAUUUACUGUUUGAGGAGGAUAACAGCCUUUCUCUUGAUGCUGACCCUCACCAACAGCUAGAACAGGAAGCAGUGGGUGCCUUGAUGCCUUCUGAUGAUGAUGCAACAAGUCCAGAACAUCAGCUUGUCAAAAAGUACGGUGGCUUCAUGAAACGUUAUGGUGGUUUCAUUUCUCGUCGCUCCUCCCCACAGAAGGUAAUAAAAGACAUGAAAAACCUGGAUGAGGAAGAAAACAUUCGCUUCAAUAUCCUAAAACUCCUUACUGCUGCAAAACAUGAUGGUAACAUUGAAGAGACUAAUGGAGAGGAGAUUGUGAAAAGGUCUGAAGAUCCCAUCCAUCACUCUGAAGAAGAAAUGGCACCAGGCAAUCUGUUAGAGGGAGUGUUAAGUCGUGGGCUGAAGAAGCGAUACGGAGGGUUUAUGAGGCGUGUGGGCCGGCCUGAAUGGCUUGUGAACGGCAGCAAGAGUGGAGGGGAGCUAAAAAGAUCUUGUGAGAAUGGGAGUGGGCUUCAGAAAAGGUAUGGGGGGUUUAUGGAUUAGUGAGUACUUUUACCUUUGAAGCUUUUCUUCUCAGCUAACCUUUUUAGCAUGUGGACAUGUUGGCGUUUGCAUUGACUUCCUGACUUCUGUCAUGACUUGAAUGUAACACCCAUGUUUGUGCAUCAGCCAACUAUAUCUGUUCAGUUGGUCUCAAAAGAAAAAAAACUAAAAUAUUUUGCACUUCCUUAUAUUGUUUAUCUGAAAAAUCUGUUCAUUAAAAUGUGUUGGUUGAGUGUUUAAUUUCAAUAAAAUUUACUAUUGAGUGUG